AUGGGCAUCCGCUACCUCCUGGUUCUGGUUCUUGUCCUCCUGGUAUUGGGAUGUGAGGUCCAGGGGGCCCACAUGCCCCAGCAAGAUGAAGCCACCCCCUCCUCCCUAUUCACCCAGAUACAGGAAUCAGUCUAUAGGUACUGGGGGACAGCCAAGUCAGCCGCCCAGGAGCUGUACGAGAAGACAUACCUGACCACCAUGGAUGAGAAAAUCAGGGAAAUAUACAACAAAAGCACAGCAGCUGUGAGCACCUACGCAGGGGUUUUCACUGACCAGUUACUUUCUAUGCUGAAGGGAGACCAGUAACAGCUGGGCCCCGACCAGGGGGGAAGGGAGAGUCCAGACCCCUUGGCUCCUCUGACCUACCCCCUACUUCUCAGCAGCUACCAGCAUCCUGCUCCCAACGCUCGUCUGUUCUUCUUAUUAAUAAAUUAAUUUAAAAAACCA